AGCACGUUAGCAGCGCAGCUCGCUGUGCCUGGCUGACCUUCCUCCUCUGCGCUCACAUCCUUCAGUUUGCUGAGGGACCUCCAGCUGCCAGCUAACCACAGCGGUGGAACCUCCUACUCGUAUUUAUAGCGAUAAACUGGCUUCGGACGAGGCAUUUCCUGGAAGCGAGCGCUGGAGAUCUGAUUACAGUCGCAGUGGACGGAGCGUCUUCAGCGCUGAAGGACGUGGAGAGAGGAGAGAGCAGGUACUUGGUUAAUAACACGGUCUGGAGGCAGAACUACGCGUUUAGAUACGGGCACAGCUUCUUUAUAAGAGACUAACUGGAUAACCUACUACACCUUCCUUUCUGACCAAAGAGCAGCAGCACAUCUGAUCUUCUCUCUGGUGUUGGCUAACAUGGAUUUAACUCAUGUCGAGGCUCCUAAUCAUGAACUGGUGCCACACAGAGGCAUAAAGCUGAUUAAAGGGACACAUGAUCCAGAUGAUGUGGACCAGAUAUACGACCUGGAGAUCAGAGACUCUGAUGUGUUUGUCGUCACAUACCCAAAAUCCGGAACCAUCUGGAUGCAGCAGAUCCUGUUGCUCAUUGAGGUGAAGGGAGAUGUGACAGCCAUCAGUAAGCUCAGCAGCUCUUCUAAUGCUGAGCUCGUGCCCUGGAUUGAGGUGACUGGCAGCAGAGAGGCGUUCAUUACAGCUCCAUCACCCAGGAUGAGGGUUACCCAUCUGCAGUACCAAUUCAUGCCUCGCGCUCUGAGCCAAAAGAAGGGAAAGGUGAUCUAUGUGGCGAGAAAUCCCAAAGAUGUCCUCGUGUCUUACUUCUACUUCCAUAAGCUUGCAAACAUGUUGGAAACACCGAAGGAUUUUGAUGACUUCUUUGAGAAAUUCAUUAGAGGAGAUGUGUUUGGGUGCAGCUGGUUCAAGCACAUUAAGAGCUGGUACUCACACAAGGAUGACAUGAACAUGCUGUUCAUGACGUUUGAAGAAAUGAUCCAAGACUUAAAGUCAGCUGUGGAGAGGAUCUCGUCGUUCCUGGGUAAGGACCUGAGUGAUGAGCAGCUGGCCAGUGUGGUGAAACACAGCACCUUCAAAAACAUGAAGAAGAUCCCUCAAGCCAGCUACGAGCACGUGCCGAGUCACCUGUUCAGCCACCAAAUGGGAAGAUUUAUGAGAAAAGGUACCAUCGGUGACUGGAAGAAUCACUUCACAGUAGCCCAGAGCGAGAGGUUUGAUGACCUCUUCCACAGAGAGAUGAAGGACUUUCCUUUGUCGUUCACCUGGGACGUCACAGACGCUGACUGACAUGUUUGUGGUUUCAAACAGGUUACACUUCACACCCUGCUGCUGCUGUUUGCCAACAGACACGUGGUUGUUUCAGAACAACAGAACUGCAUGUGAAAUAUCAAUAUGCAAAGAACUUACAGCUUCUGUAACCCUCACAAGGAUUUUUUAAAAACCGCACAGAAUAAUCAGAUAAACCACAGAUACCAUUACACAGUUGCUUUAACCUACUGAACGGUAUAUGAGGUGUACACAUGUUCAGUUUCACGCUGUAGUGGAAGGAGAUGUGACCUUGGAUUUGUAGGAAAUGAGGAAAAUGCUGCGUAGAGCUUGUGUGUGUGGUUUCUUCAUUAAAAGGGGAUAAAACAAACUGCUCCAUGACUGCGGGUAUAUUAACAUUACAUUAAAACCAUUACAAUCAUUUUAUAUCAAUGUAAUGCUCUGCUGGGAAACCUGGCAUUUAUGCAGAUGUUUAUUUGACAUGCACCACCCACAUAAUCACUGUUGCAGGCCGACUUACAUCACCAGUCCCAACAGGAUUCCCCAGCAGAGGAGGCCUGCACCACCACCCUGAAUAACUAUUGAGGAAAACGCUUGACAAACAACAAAAAGAAAAACGUGCAUCACUGAUCUGGCCUCCAGAUUCCAAUCCGAUCAAGUAUCUACAGCAUGCACUGAAUGAAGCCUGAUCCACGAAGGCAACUCACAGGACCCAAAAACAUCCACGGCCAUUGUCUUGGUACCACAGGACACCUCAGAGGCUCUGUGCCCACAGCCCGGGGAUCAGAUGUGUUUGGUAGCUCAUAUGGACCUGAACAAUAUUAGACAGGUGGUUUCAGCGGUGUUCCUAAUUGGUGUGCAGUCCAUAUGGUGAGAGUGUGUGUUGUCAGUGUGCACUCGGGUCCACUGUCUUUGCCUGUAUGACUCGUGCCAGCUGUCUGAGGAUGUGCAGCUUGACUCUGCUUUCAGCAGCAGCAGCUUGGACUGAAUGACAGCACCUUAUCCAAGCACACGCAGACUCUGCAGGUCCGCACUGACAAAUACACCUUUACCUCCUGAUCCUGGCAGAGGCACUUCACAUGAUUCUCCACAGUGAAGCUACCCAUGGACCAGCACACCUGAUUUCUCUAACACGUAUAAAGUUCUUAAUACUGUGAACAAUGUAGUACACUAUACUGUUGGUAAUUCUAAAAUUGAUCCCUGCAGUUUAAUGGAGGCUGCAGUUUGUUGGGGUCAUCACUUUGAGAUAAUAAACUUAUUAAUGACAGACUUAGUCUCCACCUCUGCAGCUCAUUCUUUCAACUGUAUAACUCUGAUAUUCAUGUGUACUGAAUAACAUCCCUGAUAUAUUAAUGUAAACACACUGAAUUGUUUGCAUUUACAGUUGUGUUCAAAAUAAUAGAAGUCCAACAUGAUUAACCAGAUCAAUCAAUAUCUUUGGUAGAAAUCAUAUUACUACAUUGGAAAAUAAUUUACCAGUUGGUGUAGCAGAAUCAUAGAAAACCAACAGACCCCACAUUGAUGAGAUGCAUGCUCCUGAGUCUGUGUAAUUGAAUAAUUAAUUGAAAGGGGCGUGUUCGAAAAAAUAGCAGUGUAGAGUCCAGUCAGUGAGGUCAUUCCUUCUGUGAAAAAAAACAGGGGUCAAUCAGGUGGCCCUUAUUUAAGGAUGAAGCCAACACAUCACCUGUGUGAGACUAAUCUGCUGGCAAGAAGCCCCCAUAAAGUCCCACUGUGGAAAAAAAAGGCAUGUGCUGAAGAGGUGGCAAUUUGCCAAAGAGCACAUCGACUAACCUGCAGAGAAAUGUAGAAACAUUUUGUGGACUGAUGAAAUUAAGAUUGUUCUCCUUGGGUCCAAGGGCCCCAGACAGUUUGUCAGAUGACCCCUAAACACUGAAUUCAAGCCACAGUACACAGUGAAGCACGGUGGUGCAAGCAUCAUGAUAUUCAAAUGUUUCUCUUACUGUGGUGUCGGGCCUGUUUAUCACAUACCAGGGAAAAUGGAUCAGUUUGCAUAUAUCAGAAUCCUUUAAGAGGUCAUGUUGCCUUAUGCUGCAGAGGAAACGCCCUUGAAAUGGGUGUUUGAACAAGACAACGACCCCAAACACAGCAGUGAGCAGCAGCAUCCUGGUUCCAGACCAACAAAAUUAAAGUUCUGGAGGGGUCAGCCCAAUCCCCGGACCUUAAUCCCAUAGGAAACUUGUGGGGUGACGUCAAAAAUGCUGUUUCUGAUGCAAAACCAAGAAAUGCAGAGGAACUGUGGAAAGUUGUCACAUCCUGCUGGGCUGGAAUACCUGUUCACAGGUGUUAGAAGUUGGUCGACUCCAUGCAACACAGAUGUGAAGCAGUUCUCAGAAACAGUGGU